UUGUCACAUCCUGUUAAGUGUCGGUGAGUGCAUGGCCUCGUCGUUGAUUCCGUUCUACUAUCCAAGAUAAUAAAUCCUAUUGCUGCAGUUUUACAUAUGUUAUAAAACUGCCAAUAUUGUUCGUAAUGGUGUUCUAUAAAAGGAGAUGGAUUUGUUGAAAACGAAAAUGUGUGCACGUGGGAGGAAUAUGAGUUCCUAGACUUGUCAGAUGUAAAGGAAGCGGAAUUGAGCAGUUUGCAGUGUGCACUGUUCAAGAAAACUACAAUCACCACGUCCGCCGCGCCCAACGGUUGGACUGAGACUGCUACAGAGGUGUCAUCCUGUUCAUCAAGCACGGCAGGCGCCGGGACCGUGUCGAGCAGCCUGGACAGCUUGUCGGGCGGCGAGUGCGAGAUGGCGCCCCACUCGCCGCAGAGGGGCGCGGCUGGACCGCCCCACGCGCCGCCGCCCUACGCCCAGCCGCCCGCCUACCCGCCGCCUCCGCAUCAUCAGUGGCCCGUGGCGCCUCCUAACGUCUACGUCAGCCAGGUCACUGCCAACGUCAACGUACACGGCUACAUGGGACAGUACUACCAACCGCCCCAGCCCCAGUAUGUGCCCCCUCAGGCGCAAAUAGACAGGCCACCGCGUAACCACAGGCGCGAUAGGCGUAACAAACGGGCCCCCUCUCCCCCUCAACCCCAACCUCCGCCAUAUUAUGUCCCAUACCCGCAAUAUUACCCGGCGGCGCAAGCGCAAGGCGCUCCACUAUAUCAUCUUCCAAUGUACCAACCCCUCGUUUACGGUCCCUAUGCUUACCCCCCAUACUACCCUGAAUAUCCUAUGCCAGUAGAGGGUGAGGGCGUAGAAAAAGUCCCCGAUGAAUACUCACAAGAGGUUAUGAUGGAACAGGAAGCAGUCGAAGCCUACUAUGCUGGAGCACAUUACGCGGGACCAUCUUACGGCCCACCGGUAGAAAGCGGCGUUGAGUACAUGCCACCUAUGUUUAUCCCACCUCCGCAUCCUCAGGCGCCGAUGCCUUUACAGCAACAGGCCUCUCAUCACACAACUCCACAUCAGUUCAAUGUCCACGCCAAAAACUUCGUUCAGGGUCAAAAUAAUAAAAAUUUCACGAAUGAAAAGGCUCCCGAACAGAAGUUACCAGUGACGUCGACGGCGGGUAGUGUUGAAGCCCUCCCGAUGAAAGAUCUUAAAAUUAAGGGACCUGGAAGUCCUAAACAGGAAAGAAUUGACUCAAAUGUGAAACCACUGAAUAUUACAGUUGACAAAGUCUCACCAACGCUUAAAACUGACCCAUCCAAACCAACCUGGGUGGAAAAUAAAGUUCAAGACGCAAGCCAAGCUCCCAAAAGCUACCCGUCACCCCCAGUUGCGAGCAUUCUGAAUGCAGGGGCUAAGGUCGUCCCUGUAGUGAACAAGACCCCUAAAGGUCCCGCGGCCCCAUUCACAGGAAAACAGCCAGCUAAACCGCCACUACCUACUGCAGUUCCAGUACAACAAUCGGCAUCAGUGCCCAAACCGCCUUUCGGAAACCGACAGAAAAGAGACGGCCCCGCUAACCGUUCACCCUCUUUCGAAAACCCUGAGGAGAAACCAGUUAACGUGGAACACGUGAAACGGGAGCCACCUCUACCACCCAGCAAAGCUCCAAUGCCGAUUUCGAUAACUCUGCAUGCGCAAGGACCCCCACUGAUUGUGGCUAACAAGUCUCCCUUCUCUCACUCUCGGAAGGCAGUUCCAGUGCCAGAACCUCCUCCAGUCCCGCAACCUCCCCCUCCGGCCCCGACGGCGUCAGACUUCCCUCCACCCCCCACUCCUCGGAAUCGAGUUGAAGCCCCAUCCCCAGUCGUUCAACAACCGCAGCCUGCUCCAGGCAAAUCCUGGGCGAGUCUCUUCUCCAACAAACCCUCCAGUAUAAUGUCUCCGGCUACUGUUGUCCUAGACGAACCAUCGAGCCCGACGACUGUGGCGCCUCCGGUCGCUAAUAUUCAAAAACCAGUUGCUAAAGUGCCACCAUUCGAUGCGUCCUUACAAACUCUUGGAGUGGAGAAACCACGGAUGCCGGUAACUCCUGCUCAACCAACAAUAUCUUAUUCUGAAAAAACUUCAGUUAACACUGUAACCAGUUCUAUUACGCCGCCUACGACUGCUAAACCGGUGACUGCAACAUCUGAAGUUAGGGAGGUUCCGAUUCAAAAAGAAGCCACACCGGCACUGCCAGUUGCGCCAUCGCCCUUUAGCGACGACCCUAAUUCGUACAGGAUGGGAGAGUUCCUGUCAAAAUACCUGUUGGACAACCGGCCGGUGUCCUUAUUACCUCGUGGCCUCACGAACCGCUCAAACUAUUGCUAUGUCAACGCGAUUCUUCAGGCGCUGAUAGCCUGUCCCCCUUUCUACAACAUGCUGAAGGCUCUGCCGUAUCAGACGCGACGUGGGAAGUCUAGCACGCCUGUUAUUGAUUCUAUGGUGGAACUAUGCUACGAGUUCAGUCCAUUAGCCGGGCCCAAUCGCCGCACGCGCGGCGACUCAAGCAAUAACACUGUAUCAGUUCCCGCCGGACCACCGCUAGAUGGCUCUGCUGGUCUCAGAGUGUUGAGAGCUUUGAGACCUUUCCCUGGCUCUCAGGAAGGAAGGCAGGAAGAUGCCGAAGAGUUUUUAGGGUGCCUUUUGAACUCUCUCAACGAUGAGAUGCUUGAGUUAAUAAAACUGGUGGAGCCAGAUGAGCCAAAGGAAAGCAAACCAAAUGGCGUUGUUACUGAAGAACAACCUCCAGAGGAAGAUGAUGAUGACGACGAAUGGAAGGUGAUGGGCCCUCGCAAUCGUGGCGCCGUAGAGCGUCGUUGGUCCGCUCGUCGUACUCCGUUAGCGGACAUCUUCCGUGGAAGAACGCGAUUGCGUCUCCAUCGAGCCCCACAUCACGACGUCACCGAUGCGGUGCAGCCUUUUUUCACUCUACAGUUGGAUAUUGAGCGUUCAAGUACAGUGAAGGACGCGUUGGAACUCCUAGCGGGCAAAGACACGCUCGAAGGUGUAACUGAUGCCUGGCAACAACUCUCCCUUGAACAACUGCCAGUGGUUCUUCUCCUGCAUCUAAAGUGCUUCCAACUCGAUGCUGAAGGCCACACAGCUAAGAUUGUCAAGAAUAUCGACUUUCCUAUAGACUUGAAGAUUGAUCCUAAGAUAAUGUCGUGCAAGCACACGACUAAGCAACGCCUGUACAAAUUGUUUGCUGUGGUAUACCACGAAGGGGUCGAAGCGGUGAAGGGGCAUUACCUAACCGAUACUUAUCAUGGACAGGCUGGGUGGAUAAGGUACGACGACUCGACUGUAACACAGGUGACAGAUGCCCAAGUCUUAAAGCCAAAGGCUCCAAGAAUGCCUUACUUGUUGAUGUACCGAAGGCAUGAUACUCUGCCAGCUCAUCGGCCCCCGGGCAAACCUGAAUAAGGGCUUUUGUCCAUAUUCAAGUAAUAUUUGGCCAAUGGAUCCGGUUAGGGUUAUUUGGUUUUGACCAAAACUGACCAGUUUCGGUCAAAAUUGGAACAAGUCUAGGCUGGCCGUUGGGACCUUUGAACUAAAAAUGUUAAGUGUUAAAGUGAUGGUGUAGUUAAGUGCUAAUGUUAAAUGUUUACGGAUGCAGUUAUAAAGUUUGUGUGCCUACCGAUUACAGCACAACGAAUUGAUUUCUGUUUUGUGUUUCAAAGAUGCGUUUUUUUGUUUCUAACCGCGCUAAUAAUUUCUAAAUUAACUUUUUAUAUCUUGUAUAUAAGAAUUUGUAAAUAUUCGGCAGAUUUUGUUGUUUUAGUUUCUAAAUUCUAUACAUUGGACUGUUGUAAAUACGCUCUUGUACAGUUUUUUAAUAAUAAGGAAUGAACUUAUAUGAAAAAUGUUAAAAAAAAUGAAUUUAAAAAUAGUUCUAUAGAGAAUCGCUAAAGGUUGACCGGCUUGAAUGUGUAACGGGUGGUUACUGGAUUUUCUAUAUUAUUUUUGUAUUUUAGAAACUCUAAAUUCAUACCCUAUAAAUCUUGAUAAUUCAUACAAAUGUAUUGACAUGAGCCAAUGGAAUGUGAGAAAAGAAGAAGUGCCGGUUGCUAUUAAGUUAUGGAAUUGGUGCUUGCGGUUUGGCCGUGUUUUCUAUUGCGAAUUAUGGUGCGUUAUUACUGGUGUUUUAUGUACCUAUGACAAUUGUUGUCGACGAUGCAACAGUUUUUUCGUAGUGAUAUCAAAAACUGAAUAAUCAAAAUUCCCGUCCUUCAAAAUUGAUUGAAAUUUAUCGAAACUUGGCUGUGAAAAGGGACUAAGGCCAUAGAAAACGCGGCAUGGAAUGUGAUAUGGAUAGAAUGUACUAGAGUAAGUGUUAAAUAGAUUUGUCUGGCGUUUUUAAUAUUAUUCUAUGCCUCCCAAUGCAUUACUCGUUAAAAUUAACCAACUUUUUUUUUAUUUUUUUUUAUUGAACAUUAAAAGUGAAGUUGACAAUUCCGUCAUAUACAUGGACCAUACUAAAAUGAUUUGUAAGUUCUAUAAAUAUGUCUUGUAUUACUCAAGUAAUUUGGCCUAAAUGUCUAGAUCCAUAAACUUAAAAAAAAAUAUUCGAGUAAUGCUUUGGUGGGAAAUCCAAAAAGCUAAAUUUUGUUAAUAUGUACUUGUAUACGACUUUCGUAUCACCGCGCAAAAGGCAAACAUUAAUGGCGAAUAUAUUUCAUUAAUAAUAAUAUUAAUGGAUUUUUUACUUAAUGUUAUUGUCUUGCGCCGGUUGAACAAUAUCCUGAUCUCAUCUCGAAUGUUAUUUCUUUAUUGACUUGAAUCUACUGAAGUGUUGAAAUAACUUAAACACAAUUUGGUGAGUAUCGUAGUGAGCUAAAGGUUAGUUAAAAAUUAGGUGAUUUUACAAUAGUUAAAAAUUAAUGAAGGUUAUGUUACAAAGGUUAGCUUUUCCCAAAUUUGAUUGUUUUUUGGAUUGUGGAUAGAUAGAUAGUGCUUAGUGUAGAUUGGCAAUACAAUCGCUAGAUAUUUUUCUAUACGAGAUAUUUUCUAAAUAGAUUUAUUUAGGCAAAAGUUCCUUUAAUUUUUGUAAGUUUUGUCCCGCAUUUAUUUGUCUUUGCAUCUGUUUAAUUGAAUUAAUAUUAAAAUAACAUACUAUACUUGGAGCUUUCCAAUGGCAAAAGUAAAUAGACUAUUUGCAUUUUGGUGGAAUGUUUAGUAAAUUCUUGAAUUGAUUAUUAAUUUGCAACAUUGGCAUUGUAUAUAGUCAAAAUUUUAUAAAGACAUUGAAGGGACUACUUAUAUUUGGUCGUAAAAUCCGAUUGUCGUAACAGACGAUGACGUUAUUAUUAAGAAUCUAAUACAAUGGAAUUCAGCUAAGAAAUCUGAACAAUAUAACCGGGAUGUUCUAAACGAAUGAAUUUUUUUUAAUUAUAUAAACGAUCAUAAGUCCCUUACGCGUAUCCCCAAAAUGUUUUAACGUAAUUAUCACAGCUUAUGGAAGUUAGUAAGCGGUCGAAAAGUGAAAUCAAUUUUAUCCGUUUAGUUGGAUUUUAUGGGGAGUAAAACUUUAAAGAUUAAUGUUUAAACUAGGUGCUACUUCUAAUGAUAUUUCAGAAUGUAUUUAAUUGUUAGAUUUACCAUACUUAAUGUCGAAGCAGGUACUUUCAUUAACGAAACUAAACAAGUUACAUUCUUACAACGCAUCGAUCGUUAAGUUUGGUAAUUAAGUUUAUUCCGUAUUUCAUUUUCAUAUACUUCGUGUAUUCGUUUUUGCAAAUGUUAGGCUAAGACUGAAUGGGUUAUGUUUAUUUAACAAGCACAUUAGUAUAAGUUAACCACAACGCUGCCUUAGUUAUACGGAAUUGCUUCACUUUAGAGAUUCAGACUUUGGUUCGGGAAAAUAUAGUUAUAAAAGAAUUAAGCUAAGUUUGAGUAAUGUGUAAAUCGGAUUUGGUUGGACCCAUAUUAACUAUACGUUUAAUUAACGUACACGUUAAAUUAUCAUCAUGAUCAUCAUCAUGCGCGUGAGUUUAUUUGCUCAACCUGAUUUUGAAUGCUAAAGCAAGGCUUAAAAGCCUUUAGAUUUGAGUUUGCUUAUCACGCGGUUAAGUUAAACGUAUAAGUAUAUUUUGUAACCGCAGUCCUGACGCAGUUGGCUGUGAUUUUGAUUGGGAUUGAUUCUUUUAAAACUACCCUCUAUAUUUCUAUGAAAUGAUGUUCAGAUAUAUAUAUUUUGAAUAAUUCUCAAUGGAGCUAACACGCGAAGACUUAAAAUGUAUAUAUCUGAUCACAAUUCUCAGUCCCGUAUUUUAUGCCAACGUUCGAUCAAUGUAAAUAUAACAAAAUUGUAAAUAAAGUAGGCUGUUGUAAUUAGAGACGUUCCUAAUAUAGUUAUUUUUAAAAUCGGUAAGUGAGUGGUAUUGCUAGCUCGCUUUUACAUAUAUAGCUGUUUAUAAGUGUGAAAGAGAUACGACCAAUCUAUAGUGAUCAGUGCCAAUAUUAAUUUCAGCCUGUAUUAUAAAAUAAUUUUUAUCAAUUUUCUAUGAAGUACUCGAUUUGUUACAGUUUGAAAUUUUUAAUGACAAUCAUUCUACAUAACACGAUCAAUAAAUUAUUUAUUUAUAUAUAAUUACGUAAUAUAAAUAUAAUGAUCUUUUAGAUUUAACACCGCCAUCUUUUCCCAACCCAUGUCAAAUUGCGUCAAUUAAAUAAAUAGUUAUUUACAUAAUAUAAUUUACUAUGAUAAAAAAUACUGUUUUUUGUGGUUUGAUUAUUUUACACAAGGCAAGGAUUGGGUUUCGGUUUAAUCUUUUGUACAUAGAGGUUUCCAUUUUUUCAGUAUCUAGUCGCAACGAUCUUGGCAGGGAUAAUUCAAACUACACAUUUCAACGCGUUUUUAGACCAGUGCAAUAGAAUUGUAUGAAUUAAUUUCAGCGGUCUAUCUACUUAGGUUAAUGUACACAGUAUCUUAAAACUAUUUUAUUAUUUUUAUAUGAAAGGUUGAUUGUUUAAGUUAUUUUUAGUUUAGAUAAGGUCCAAGGCUGUAUAAGGAGUGUUUUUAUCAAAAAUCGGACAAAAAUCGGAAUUUUGACCAGAUAACUACAAAAUGGUUUUAGAAAAAAAUUACUGUCUAUACAAUUUAUUAACAGUACGAAUGUUGUAAUUGGCUUGAACAAUAUUUUUGUUUAAAAAUGCUCCUCUUGGUUAUAUUAGAUAAGACUGGUUUCUAUAUUUAAAUUAUUUAAAUAUAUUUUACGUCUAUCUAUGAUAAUCAUCUUGUUGAACUAAUGUGUGUAUGAUUAAUUAUAAAAUAAUCUUUUAUUUUGGUAACUAAUUGGUGUUGAAAAAAAAUGUGAAUAAAAUAUGGUGUCAUUCUGAAA